CUUACUUCUUACUACGCACCUACCUACCUAUCUACUUAUCUGUUGUGGAUUGUUACACGACAAUUAGAUUGCUAUCGACUUGAUUAUUUGUCCAUUUUGAUAGAACCGAGAACGGUAAGUUCAUCCUCUUGCACUGUCACUCGCUUAAGAGUGGGAGAGACAUACCUACCUACCAUCAACCUCCCUUCUCAUCCACCGUCCACCUACCUCCCUACCUCCCUACCUACCUAUACCAUCAAUCAACUAACAACCCCCUCUAUCCCAGCCCAGCCCCAAAACACAACUAAUAAAUCCAAAGAACCAAGAUGACUCUCCUCCCCACCCUCCGCACCACCACCACCACCACCCUCCUCCGUCCCUCCCUCCGCCUCACCCGCCCAACCACCAUCUACGCCUCCCUCCACACCAGCACUCCCCGCCAGGGCUUGAAAGAAUCAGACCACAACCGCGACGACCUCGCCUCCAUCUACGAAGCCGAGAAACACGACCAAUUGAGAAGUACCAAGGAGGGAAAGGCGAAGUGGAAGCAGGAGAUUGCGAGUGAUAGUGAGGCGUCGGUCAAGGCCGAUCGCGGCGAAGUGGACAGCGACGAUAAGAGUUUCGGGGCUAUGCAGGAACGUACGAAGGGGUUGCCGAAUCGGGAUGGGCCGGUUAAUAAGACUCAAUAA